CUUACAGAAAGAAGAAGAAUAGAAGUUACUGGCGUUUGUAGUAACAGGAUGAGAAAGUACGAGACUUCCUGUUGUGUGUGUGUGACAGCUGGUGAUAAGUGGAGGGCUCUGCACAGGAAAUCCGCUCAGCUUCUGCAAUGUGACCUGCCUGAAGCUUGGGCGCUCCUUCAGUCUGGAUGUUGAUGGCAGGACAAAGGGGCGCCUGGACCAUGGGUGAUGUGGUAGAGAAGAGUUUGGAAGGGCCCCUGGCACCUUCUACAGAUGAACCCUCCCAGAAAAGGGGAGACCUGGUAGAAAUCUUAAAUGGGGAUAAGGUAAAAUUCGAUGACACGGGACUCUCCUUAAUUCUGCAGAAUGGUCUGGACACCCUUCGCGUGGAAAACGCUCUGACCGAUGUCAUCUUGUGUGUGGACAUUCAGGAAUUCUCCUGCCACCGCGUGGUGCUUGCUGCGGCCAGCAACUAUUUCAGGGCCAUGUUCUGCAACGAUUUAAAGGAAAAGUACGAGAAGAGGAUCAUUAUCAAAGGUGUUGAUGCUGAGACCAUGCACACUCUUCUGGACUACACGUACACCAGCAAGGCGCUGAUCACCAAGCAGAAUGUGCAGCGGGUCCUGGAAGCUGCUAACCUCUUCCAGUUCCUGCGGAUGGUGGAUGCCUGCGCCAGCUUCCUAACAGAAGCCUUGAACCCCGAAAACUGUGUUGGAAUAUUGAGGCUGGCGGACACACACUCCUUGGACAGUCUGAAGAAGCAGGUUCAAAACUACAUCAUUCAAAACUUUGUGCAGAUUCUGAACUCUGAGGAGUUCCUCGAACUUCCCGUGGACACUCUGUACCACAUCUUGAAGAGUGAUGACCUCUAUGUGACCGAGGAGGCUCAGGUGUUUGAGACUGUGAUGAGUUGGGUCCGGCACAAACAGUCAGAACGACUCUGCUUGCUCCCCUAUGUCCUUGAGAAUGUGCGCUUGCCACUUCUGGACCCGUGGUACUUUGUGGAGACGGUGGAGGCAGAUCCUCUUAUCAGACAGUGCCCAGAGGUCUUCCCACUGCUUCAGGAAGCCCGGAUGUACCACCUUUCAGGCAAUGAGAUCAUUUCGGAGCGCACCAAGCCCAGGAUGCAUGAGUUUCAGUCUGAGGUAUUCAUGAUCAUUGGUGGCUGCACGAAGGAUGAACGGUUUGUGGCGGAGGUUACCUGCCUGGACCCCCUGCGGCGCAGCCGCCUGGAGGUGGCCAAGCUCCCCAUGACGGAGCAUGAGCUGGAGAGUGAGAAUAAGAAGUGGGUGGAAUUUGCAUGCGUGACAUUAAAAAAUGAGGUCUACAUCUCAGGUGGCAAAGAAACACAGCACGAUGUUUGGAAAUAUAAUUCUUCAAUCAACAAAUGGAUUCAAAUUGAGUAUUUGAACAUAGGCCGCUGGAGGCAUAAGAUGGUGGUGUUAGGUGGCAAGGUCUAUGUGAUUGGAGGUUUUGAUGGCUUGCAGAGGAUCAACAAUGUGGAGACCUACGACCCCUUCCAUAACUGCUGGUCAGAGGCAGCACCCCUUCUUGUCCACGUCAGUUCCUUCGCAGCCACCAGCCAUAAGAAGAAGCUCUAUGUGAUUGGAGGAGGACCCAAUGGGAAACUGGCCACAGACAAGACUCAGUGUUACGACCCUUCAACUAAUAAAUGGAGUUUAAAGUCAUCCAUGCCAGUGGAGGCUAAAUGCAUCAACGCAGUCAGUUUCCGGGACCGCAUCUAUGUUGUUGGAGGGGCCAUGAGAGCGCUGUACGCCUACAGCCCCCUGGAGGACAGCUGGUGCCUGGUGACCCAGCUCAGCCACGAGAGGGCCAGCUGCGGCAUCGCGCCCUGCAACAACCGGCUCUACAUCACCGGGGGGCGGGACGAGAAGAACGAGGUCAUCGCCACCGUGCUGUGCUGGGACCCCGAGGCCCAGAAACUGACGGAGGAGUGCGUCCUGCCCCGGGGGGUGUCGCACCACGGCAGCGUCACCAUCAGGAAGUCUUACACCCACAUCAGGAGGAUCGUGCCCGGAGCAGUGUCGGUGUGACUCGCGAGGGCGCAGGGCGGGGCCGCGGGGGCUCAGGGCCAGGUGCCGGGAGACCUCCCUCCGCACCCGUUGCCCGGGUUCGUGCCACUAAAGACAGCAGGCUGGGCUUGAGCCACAGGCCCUACACCUGGGCUCCCCGCGG